AUGUCUCAUCUUGUCAGGCGGCUCAAGCUAUCGAAGUUAUCCCUCCGAGUAAGCCACCUAACAGUUUCUCAGUGCUUCUCUAAUUUCAUCUUUAAAGUUGAAUCUUGUGGAUCUACUUUGAGAGAUGGUGACGUUGGAUAUCUAGCUAUACACAGCUAUAUUGAUAACUUGAUCGACUGCACGCCAAAGAAGGUGCCUACGGAGUUAGCAAAGGAGAUGGGAACAAUAGGAGCAUCCCACGGCUGGGUAGCAACUUUGAAAAAUGGGGUCGUGUGUCUUCAAGAUGACCUAGACCUCCAUGCAUCGUAUACAGACCCAAAACGCAUUUCAUUGCCUCCUCUUGUAACUUUGCCUAACUGCCAAACCCGAGUGGUAACCAACGUAGCCAUGUCCUCUUCUUCUCCCGAGGAUGAAGACUGCAUCGUGGCUGUCAAGUUCUUGGGACCUCAGCUAAGCUUGUGUAGGCCUUCUCAGAGAGAUUGCACGUGGAGCAACAUCAGAAUCACAGACCCUAGCUUCUUCUCAUCCCAUGUAAUGUACUCCAAGAGAGAUGAUAUGUUCUCCAUGAUGGCUUCUGGAGGAAACUACACUGGAUCAUGGGAUCUUGGGAGACACAUGACCGAACCAAAGCUGACGAUGUUGUCGUACCCGAAACAGCGCGUGCUUACUUCUACUUCAUAUCAACACGACUCGUGUUGUAGGAUGGAACACUACUUGGUGGAGUCGUCACACACGAGUGAGACCUUUCUGGUGAAAUGGUCCACAUAUAUCAACCCACAAGAGGGGACAGUGGAAUGGGACCAGUUCCUUGUAUUCAGGAUAGACGAAGAAGGAAACGCUGUGUAUACGGAAGACUUUGGAGGUGUGUGCAUUUUUCUCUCUAAGGCUGAAUCAUUCUGUCUCCCGGCAGCUUGUUUACAUGACCAGAGACCAAACUGCAUCUAUCACUUAAGCAAAAACAGCUUUGGAAUAAGAUGCAUGGACGAUAACGAGAAAGAGACGACUGGAGACCUAAAUUUCCCAGGCCCUUUUUGGUUUCCACCAAAGCUAGACUCUAAAG